AUGCCAUUCAAGGGUUUGGUACAGUCUGUGCAGGUCUUCUGGUGCAAGAAGACUGUCAUAGCCAUGACACACUGCAGAGAGGACAACAGCUUUAUCAAGGUGAAGGGAUGGCCCUUGGAGAUGAUCGAGCUUCACACACUGCCGUGCGAGCUACUGGAACCUGUUCUGCUUCUGGACAAAGAGCAAUUUGCUGCUGUGGACAUCUGUGUCCUUGUGAAGAGUGGUGUCACUUGGCCCAUUAUUUAUGCAAUCUGCCAGUCUAUCUCCAAAGCCUUGGUUGCAUAUUCCAAGAAAUACGUGGAUGAGUCUUCCACGAAGGAGAUCAAAGACAUCCUCAUCCAGUAUGACUAGACCUUGCUGGUAGCUGACUCUCAUCACUUCGAAUCCAAGAAGUUUGGAGGCCCUGGUGCCCACGGUCACUAGCAGCAAUCCUAUCAAUAA